GGCUGAGAAAUCAAAUCCUUCCAAACGUCACCGGGACCGCCUCAAUACAGAGCUGGACCACCUGGCCAGCCUGCUGCCAUUUCCACCUGAUAUCAUCUCCAAGCUGGACAAGCUUUCCGUCCUGCGCCUCAGCGUUAGUUACCUCAGGGUGAAGAGCUUCUUCCAAGCCUUGCAGGAGACAUGUGUAUGGCCAGCUCCAGCCCUGCCACCUGAAGACCACUCACACAGAGGGCUCCCUGUGCAGGAGGGACGGCUGCUGCUGGAGUCUCUCAAUGGCUUUGCUCUAGUGGUGAGUGCAGAAGGGAUGAUCUUUUAUGCUUCAGCAACAAUUGUGGACUAUCUGGGCUUCCAUCAGACAGACGUGAUGCACCAAAACAUUUAUGAUUACAUCCAUGUGGAUGACCGACAAGACUUCUGUAGACAGCUACAUUGGGCCAUGGACCCUCCACAGGUGAUGUUUGGACAGUCCCCACAUGCUGACACAGACAAUACCAUCCUUGGGAAGUUGCUCAGGGCCCAGGAACAGGGCAAGGGCUUGCCCUCAGAGUACUCAGCCUUCUUGACACGCUGCUUCAUCUGCCGUGUUCGCUGUUUAUUGGACAGCACCUCUGGCUUUCUGACUAUGCAGUUCCAAGGAAAACUAAAAUUCCUGUUUGGACAGAAGAAGAAGGCACCAUCAGGAACAGCCCUGCCCCCUCGGCUCUCACUGUUUUGCAUUGUGGUGCCAGUCCUGCCUUCUGUGACUGAGAUGAAAAUGAAAAGUGCAUUCUUGAGGGCGAAGCACAGGGCAGACAUUGUAGUUACAGUGGACUCAAGGGCAAAAGCUGUUACAAGUCUGUGUGAAUCAGAAUCACAUCCCAAACCCAGUUACUUAGCAGGAAGGAGCAAUGGAGAAAAUGGCUUUUCACUGUUCAGGGGACAAACAGAUAGGAGCCACUGGGCCCGGGCCCUAGCCAGGCCUUCAUGUCUGUGCCUCAGGGGUGGUCCUGACCUCCUCCUUGACCCCAAGGGGGCUUCAGGGGACAGGGAAGAAGAGGACCAGAAACACAUACUAAGGAGAUCCACUGGUGCCCGGGGGCAGAGGGAGAUGCACAAGUACAAUUAUGGCUUGGAAACACCGAUACAUUUGAGGCACCUGAACUGGAGCACAGAACAGAGAAGUCAGGAGGUCACUACCAAGCUGACACGGCAGCCCAGUAAGAAUGAGCCAUCCACCUGUUCAAUGCCCCAUGGUUCCUGUAUGCCCUACCCUGGAAGCCAGGGCAUGUUCAGUACCGGCAAUAUGUCUUCUUUCAAAGAUUCACCAGACUAUCCCACUGGUGCCUACUGCAGUCAAAUGAACAGACCCUUGCAAGAUAUCCACCAGGUACAUCCUUCCACCUGUCAUAUCCCUCAGGGCAGCCUAGGAUCCAGGAUCCCUCUGCAUGGAAUGCGCUUCUCAGCCAGGGGUUUUUCUACUGAGGAAGCAAAAUUGCACAGCCUGCCAGUCACCAUGGACACCCCAUGUAAUCCAGUAUUAUCACUGGAAGUACCAAUCAAGAUGGAAAAUGAAUCUGGGUCCCAGAACAUAGUUGAUGUCAGCACAACUAGUCGGGUAUGGUUGGGAGCUAGCGACAUGGCCAGGAGACAUCUGGUCAGUUUCCCUGCCAGGAUGCACCUGAAAACAGAGCCUGACUAUAGGCAGCAGGUCUGCACCCCACACCUUGGUCAUGGUAUGCUGGGAAUGAACCCCCAAAGCAGAGAUACUGUGGGGUCCUGCAGGGAGCAGGCUCCUCUCCAUCCUGCACAUUGCACCUGCCUGGAUCCAGAGUCUCUUCACCACCUCUUCACGCAGGGUCACAGUGAGAGCCAGCACCCCUCUUUGGGCCAAGACUGCAGAGCUCCUAUUGUUAAGCGUGAGCCCCUGGACUCACCAUCAUGGGCUGGUCCUGGCCAAGUGACUGUGCCCAGGAUGUUCCCUAAGGGUGCCUCUAUAACUGUGAUCCCACCCAAAGGCUCUGAUGGGAUUUUCCUACCCUAAAGCUGCGGUUCUGCUGGAAUUUUCAGUCCUUGGAUGACGGGAUGUGAUCAGAGAUUCUUUUAGUGACACUCUUGACAGAACUCAAUGAGUGAGGUUGAGACUCCCUGUGUGAAGCUGAGUAGUCGAGUAUCCUGAAUCAUAUAGAACAUCAGAGGAUUCUCAUAAAUAAACCUAAGUCUGUUCAAGUGGA